CAAUGUCCCCUGUCCCAGGGGCCCUGUGUCACUGCACGCAGUCGCUGCGGCAGCGCCUGGACGAGCUGCGCCUGCUGCAGCUGCAGCGCCGGGGGGAGCGGGAGCUGCUGCGGGGCCGCUGGGGCCAGGCCCGGGAGCUGGUGCUGCACCUGCGGGGACAGCGCGGGGACAGCCACGGGGACAGCCACGGGGACAGCCAUGGUGACAGCAACGGGGACAGCAACAGGGAGAGCAACGGGGACAGCAACAGGGAGAGCAACGGGGACAGCCCUGAGGACACCACCGACACCCCCGGGGAUGACAGGGAUGCCAAGGACACCCCCAGGGACAUCAGGGACAUCCCUGGGGACGUCAGGGACACCCCUGAGGACACCAAGAACACCUCCGGGGACAUCAGGGACACCCUCAGGGACAUCAAGGACGCCCCCGGGGACAUCGGGGACACGCUUAGGGACACUCUCAGGGACACUGGGGACAUCUGCAGGAGCACCCCUGACACCAGCACCAAGGCUGGUGGCCCUGCGUGCCCGGGUGGCCGUGGCCGAGCUCCGGGCUCAGGACGUUUCCUGCGCGGCCGAGCUGCAGCUGCAGGGACUGCGGCGCCAGCUGGAGCAGGACAAGGCCCAGGUGCAGGCCCAGGUGACGUCGCUGCUGGGGGAGCUCCGGGAGAGCCAAAAUCGCCUGGAGAGGAGCCGGGCGGAGAGGGAGCACCUGGAGCGCAGGGCCCACGGUGACGCCGAGCGGUGCCAGCAGCUGGAGGAGGUGGCCCAGGGCCACCAGGUGCAGCUGGACCAGCUCCGGCUGCAGGUGACCAACCUGGAAACCGCCCUGAGGGUGGAGCGGCGCGGGGCCACCGAGGAGAAGAGGAAGCUGGUGCAGCUGCAGGCCGCCUACCAUCACCUGUUCCAGGAGUACGACGCCCACAUCAAGGCCAGCCUGGAGGGGGACAAACGGAGCCAGGUGACCCAGGAGCAGCUGAGUCUGCACUUGUGGGCCAGGGGGUCCCCCCAACCCCCCCCAAAUUCCCCAUUUCCCAGGGCCCGUCUGGAGGAGAUGCGGAACCGCCACUCGGAGCCGGCCCCGGCCCCGGCCCCAGCGGGGGGUUUUGGGGGGCUCCUGCCGCCCCCCGAGGAGGGGCCCGACCUGUGCUGCCCCAAGUGCCAGUACAAGGCUCCGGACAUGGACACGCUGCAGAUCCACGUCAUGGACUGCAUCAAGUGAGGGGGGCCCAAAACCCCCCCAGCACCCCAAAAACAGCCCCAGGGCACCCCAGAAUCACCCCCAGGGGCACCCCAAAACUCCCAGGAGCCUCAACCCAGGGGGGACCCCAAAAACCCCCAGAUAAUCCUCUGGGAAUCCCCUCUCUGGAUCUACGGCAGGGAUUGGAUCAGGUGUGGGGGGAGCACCCCAAAAUCACCCCCAGGACCCCCCCAAACCCCCCUAGAGCCUCAGCCUGGGGUUUUGGGGCUUGGGAACCCCAAAUAUUCCUCUGGGAAUCUCCUCUCUGGAUCCACGGCAGGGAUUGGAUCAUUUUGGGGGGGGGCACCUCAAAACCCCCUCAUGGAACCCCAAAAUCCUCCCAGGGAACCCCA